CCUGUUGACGGUCAUUUUCGCUAUACUAACAACAACAAUAAAAAAUACUGUGGGUUAUAAUAAUAAAAAUUGGAAUUUUAUACUGUAAAUCAAGAAAGGAUUAAGUGAAUUGAGUAUCGUUGGGCAUUGGUUCAAGAGCCGUGUGGUGUUGUGAAUAUGUUUGAAUGAUUUUCGUCUUAUUGCUCGAUUUUCAGAUAAAUAAAAAAAAUUGUUUCGAAUAGUGUUUUUGCCAGAUAGAAGGACGCUCUUAGAAAUUUUGUGUACAUUCUUUGUUGAAGUUCUAAAUUUUUAGUACACCAACGAAGUACCGAAAAAAAGUACUAAAAAAAGUUUUACAAAAUUGUAUCGGCAAAACUUGAAUUUGAAAGUGAAUUUAACGAGAAAAAAAAUAUUGUGAACCAUGCAAAUUGUUUAGUGUUUCGCAAAACUGAAAACAUUAAAUUAUAAAGGAAUUUUUCACUUGCAUUUACGAAAGUUUUUGUUCACUCCAAAAUGGAAAUAGCAAUCAAGAAAGGAAAACAAAUGAAAUUAUGGUUCGUCAUAGCAUUUGCGUUAUGCCUCUUAAUUCUAGGAAUUCUAGUCACAUUUGGAUUCUCAGCCAUAGUAAAAUUAGUUAUCGAUCAUCAAGUAGCCCUAAGAAAAGGUGGCCAAAGUUUCGGCUGGUGGUCGAAGCCUCCAGUGGAGCCAUUUAUUCGGAUAUACGUUUACAAUGUAACAAAUGCUGAUGAAUUUCUGAAUAAUGGCACAAAACCAAUAUUGGACGAAUUGGGACCGUUUGUCUAUUUACAAACAUGGGAAAAGGUAGACAUCGUUGAAAAUCCAAAUGGGACAAUAAGUUUCAAUCAGAAACGAGUGUACAUAUUCAACGAGGAAAUGUCAACUGGUUCUGAAGAUGAUGUGGUCAUUGUGCCAAAUAUUCCAAUGUUAAGUGCUACGUCGCAGAGUAAACAUGCCGCUAGAUUCUUACGACUAGCAAUGGCGAGUAUAAUGGACAUUUUAAAAAUUAAACCGUUCGUUGAAGUGUCUGUGGGUCAAUUGCUUUGGGGAUAUGAAGAUCCGUUGCUCAAGUUGGCGAAAGAUGUUGUGCCGAAAGAACAGAAACUUCCCUACGAAGAGUUCGGAUUGAUGUACGGAAAGAAUAGCACGUCUCAGGAUCGUGUAACCGUUUUCUCUGGUGUCGAAGACAUUACAAAAUUCGGUAUCAUUGACAAGUACAACGGUCGCUCACAUUUGCCGCAUUGGUUAAACGAUGACUGUAACCGACUGAACGGCACCGAUGGCUCAAUUUUCCCUCCGCAUAUAACCAAAAACACGACCUUGCAUGUCUACGAAAAGGAUUUGUGUCGAUUGCUCCCAUUGCAAUUCGAAGAAGAAGUAGUAACCCACAACGGUAUUCCUGGCUAUCGUUUUACACCUAGUACUAGAGUUUUUGAAUCGGUCGAUCGUAAUCCUGACAAUAUGUGCUUCUGUCCAGCCGGUCCACCGUGCGCUCCAAAUGGCUUGUUCAAUGUUUCGUUAUGCCAAUAUGACUCACCAAUUUUACUAAGUUUUCCUCACUUUUAUUUGGCCGAUCAAACUCUUCGCACAGCUGUAGAGGGUAUUUCACCUCCCGAAAAGGACAAACAUCAGCUGUAUAUUGAUGUUCAACCGGACAUGGGCACAGCUCUUCGAGCAAGAGCCCGAAUUCAAAUCAAUUUGGCAGUUAGUCAAGUGGUGGACAUCAAACAGGUAGCGAAUUUCCCGGACAUUGUCUUCCCAAUUCUGUGGUUCGAGGAGGGUAUCGAUGGUCUACCCGACGAAAUUACCGAUUUAAUGAAUUUGGCAACAACCGUACCGCCCAAGGCUCGUUCUAUCUUAAUGGUCGCUCUAUUCGCAUUAGGAACGGUGUUGUUAAUUGUUGCUGUAACUUGUUUAGUGCGUAGCUCACACAGACAGAGUACGUUACAUUUAGAUGCAUCGAAUUUCCUAGCUACCGCAUCUGUAGAUCAAGCGAAAAAGAAAGCGAAAAUGGACAAUGCGGGAAAACAUUAAAUUGUUGGACAAUAUGAUUUUCAGGACUUUGAACAAAUUAGACUUUAAAAACUCACACAGAAACGAAUCAAAUAUUUAUAGGCGUAAGGUAAUCGAAAAAAAUCUGCUCCAAUUAAAUGUGAUUUGUCAAAAAACAAAAUUUAAAGUUUUGCUCAAAACUUAACUAGGAAAAAACAACGAGAAAGAUGGAGAUAGAGUUCUCCGGAGAGAUUUCGUUUCCAAAAAGAGGCAAGUCAUCUACACAUAAUAGUUUGAUUUAAAAAUUGGUUGUACUUCCGACAGUUUUCUAUUACAAUAAACAUUUACAGUUUGUGUCUUUCGUAGAAGAGUCGUACCAUUUCACAGACGGCACAGAAUUAUCGAGUCUGUUACUACUUUUGAUUAAAAGUUUGAUCAACAGAUUUCAACAGACACUAUCUUUUACCCCAAUUUUCCAAUCUACAGCUAGAAACUGUUCGUCGUUUCUGUUAUAAUAACAGAUGACUUCACCGUCUGUAAAAGGCUUCACUUUCCCAAGAACUCAAUUUUUUGGCAUAUUAUGUUUAGCUACGAACUCGUUGCAAGUACAUCACAGUCGUAUUAGACUAAAGAAAUGACAGCAGACCUUUAAUUCAAUUUUUUGGUUAAAAUCAGGCUCAUCUCUUAAACACAAGCAACAACGAAAAUAAGAUGUGUUGCAUAUGGUUUUAUACAUUAAAACGAAUGUCAAGAUAAAUGAAGUAAUAGAUUUUAUAUCGCUAGGCGUUUGAAUAACCGAUGCAACAGAAUCAUUAUACCGUGAUACGCUUGUCGUCUCUAAAAGGUUAAUAGUACUUUAUUUCAUAUGGAGUAGGAUCCUCGAGCGACAGCGAGAAUCCUACUCCAUAUGAAAUACAAUGCUUUAUUGCAUGAGCGAAAACGAGACAACAACAUAUGACUGUUUUGACAGCAAACUAUUAAUGUAUGAAUUAGCGCUCUAGAUAAGUAAUUUUUCGGGUAAUCACACCGCGAAUGCAAUAAAUGAAAUAUGAAAAUAUAGAUUGUGGCUAUCUCUUAAAACUGUAACAUAUGGCCACUACUAACAUUGAAGGAAGUUCGUUGCAAGAAUAGGUAAAAUUUUGAUAAGUUUUCUUUUGUCAUUUCGUUCAGAGUGAAUCUUCGGUUUAUGGUCAAAUUUCGUAAAUUUAAGUUUUUGUCGCUACCAUUAAGGCGCAACAGUAAAGCGAGAGUGUAAUGAGUUCAAUAUUAUUUUACUUAAGUUA